UUCAUUUUCAUAGCAAUUAGUUUCAAAUCUCUCCCGAAAUCUUCUCUCUUUUGAUUUCUCGAGACAUAUAUAGUAUCUUUAUUACCAGUAUCAACUGAGAGUGUGGUUUAAUUUCUUGUAAUCUUAGGUGGUGUUUCAGCCAGUUGAAUUGAGAAUGGAAGAUGAAACGAUUAUCAACGGCGGAAGCAGGACGGUGGAUAUUUCCGGGAAUGACGAUCGUGAGGAAGAUUUCGUCGAUUUUAACGUUGGAAAUGGCACGGAAUCAUCUGGGUUGGUGCAGAAAAUCGAGGUACUUGAGCAAGAGAAACAAAAUUUGUCUGAGGAGAACGAAUUGAUGAGACAUAAAAUCGAGAAACUGAAGGCCGAGGCAGAAGCAUUGGAGACAGAAAAGGUGGAGUUGAAAAGAAGGGUAGAUAUGUCUGAAGCGGAGAAGAAGAAGCUGCAAUUAAUCUCAAUCAGGGUGGCUGAAUUAGAUAAGGAGGUCUCUGGAUUGCAGCAGGACUUGGUCUCAUCGAUGGCAGUGGGGGAAGAGACGAAUAAGGAGUUGAUUCAAUUGAAGAAAGCUUUUGAGGAGAUGAAGAAGAUUGAAUCGGAGAAGAAUUGUAAGUUUGGUGAUCUUGAGAAGGAAAGAAAUUUGUUAGUGGAACGUAUUCACAACGAUGAUGAGGGAGUGAGGGAAGCCAAGGAACAUGGAGAGGCUAGAGUUAAGGAGAUGGAGAAGAAAAUUGAAUCUCUAGAGCAUAGAGAAGACAGUGUGAAAAGCGACAGAUUCACGAUAGAGCAGGAAACAAAAGCCAAAAUGGUUGAGAAAGAUGCAGAACUCCUUAGAUUGAAAACUCAGAUUGAGGAUUUGGGUUCUGCUGGCGUGAGGAGUGAUUCGGAGCUGGAGAGGUUGAAGAAUGAGAAUGCAGAGCUAGAGAUUGUGAAGAACGAACUAGAAGCACAUGUAAAGAAAUCCGAGAGGCAGGCAAAAGAGAUGGAACAGAUGGUAGAUAAACUGAACAAGGAAUUGGAAGCAUCAGAAUCAAUUGUCAAUGGUCUGAAGGAAAAGGAAAAUGAGGUACAUGAUGAUGUUGAUGGCAAAGUGGUGAUCGUGAGUAAGGAUGAUCCUGAAGUUGGGCUGAAUGGAUUGUCAGGCAUGAAGCUUCAAUGGCCUGUGGUUGCAGCGACAACCGGAGUUGCAGUUGCUGCUGUGGCAGCUUUUUGUUACCUUCGUUAUGUCAAGCAGUCGUAAAAGAAAGAAGAAGAAGAUGAAACCUUCAGGUUUGGGUUGCUUUCAUUUUGCUUGUACCAAAUGACUGAAUGAGUUUGCCUUGUUUUCUAGUUUAUGCAAACCAUUUUUAACAUAAUUCAAAAGGUUUGUUGUAGUUUUGGAAAAAUUAUACUAGUA